GGAUGUCAGAUUGACUCGCGGGCCCAUUCAGAAACUCUUAUCUCACCGGUCUACGGAGUACGGGCGAGUCCUUGCACGCGAACUGGCCGCUUCCUGUCCGAUACCCGCUGUGGUCUCGACUCAUCGCGGCGUCGCAAGCUCCCAAACUCCGCACUCCGACUCGAGAGCAGUGGAGAUACUGUGCCGCACGACGGCUGGCGCAGAGCCUGGGUUGGAGACCCCACGGGGAUACCGAUCUCCGUGGAGCUGACUGGCUUGCGUGCUGCGUAUCCGAAAGAAGUCAUUUAUGAUCCGGACAGUCUAUCCUUUACUGAUCAAAGGCCUCAGGACGGCUAUGCUGUGCAUCCCAAUGCAGGAACUUUCUGCACAGUAGCAGAGUCUUACAGAGACCAAGAUUUCCUUCGCCGUGCACCUCCUAACCACCUGAUCGUUGAUCGCCAGGGUACAAGAGCAGACCGAGCUGUGCAAUCGUGCCAUGCGUUCCAGCUGUCCCUUGGUCCUUGGCCUAGGGUCUUUUCUCAAGAGGCGUCAAACACAUUCCUAUCACAGGGUGAGCAGGUGAGCAAGUACAAUCAAUCUAGCAUCAAUAUGGCACACAUGGAAGCUGUCAAACACGGAUCGAUCGGAAUACCAUGUGUGCAUUGGAAAUCUGGCCGUCAUGUUAGGUAUCGAUGCUAGAUAGGGCAAGCUCCCUCGCAUCAGCAACGGUCUAAGUAAGCCAUAACGAGCGAUAGCACAGCAUAUGAUGCACCAGGCCAUUCCCUGUCAUGUCCAUGGCGCCCUACAAACAUCAAGUGAUGUACACAUGACAGCUGCGCCCACGACCAGCCUAAGCCGUUAGCCAGGUCUUCCCCCGCUCUUCACUUUCACACCCAUCGAUUGAUAUCGGAUGGUCCGAUGCCAACUUCGGCGAAGGGGCCCCAUUAGCCCGGGUGUUAGUCCUCCGCCGCACAAGCCCGAGUAGUAAUGUCCACUGGACCGGGGUUCGUGGAGCACGGACAUCAUCCUAGCCAGUGGGAGCCGGUGAGGGGGAUGGCAAACAUGCCAUUGACGCGGACUAGACACAGUCCGAGCGCAAAACCCCUCAAUGGACGAGCAGACUAA